UCUUUCUCGGUUCCUUCGUGACGUGAGGCCGACUUGGAGGGAAGUGGACGCUGCCAAGAGGGGAAGAAAUAGUCGACGAGAGCAGAAAUAGCAACCACCACUCAAAAGCUGCUUCAGGAGCAGUGAAGUGUCUUCAUGGCAGUUCGUCGAGGACACAUUAAGUAUAUGAAAGCUGACCUGCAGGAGGUGUAUGACAUGUCGAACGGUUAUGAAGACCACAUGGGAGGGGAUGAGGCGAAAGAUGCUAAGACCAACCUGAUCGUGAACUACCUGCCUCAGAACAUGACACAGGAUGAGCUGCGGAGCCUCUUCAGCAGCAUUGGGGAGGUGGAGUCAGCCAAGCUGAUAAGAGACAAAGUUGCAGGCCACAGUUUAGGGUACGGAUUUGUUAACUAUCUUAACCCUAGUGAUGCAGAAAGAGCUAUCAGUACACUGAAUGGACUAAGGCUACAGUCCAAAACUAUCAAGGUGUCAUAUGCACGGCCCAGCUCGGACACAAUAAAGGAUGCUAACCUGUAUAUCAGCGGCCUUCCCAAGAACAUGACCCAGAAGGAUGUGGAAGACAUGUUCUCACGUUAUGGGCGUAUCAUUAAUUCCCGGGUACUUGUUGAUCAGGGUACAGGUACGCAAGGCAUGUCCCGUGGAGUUGCUUUUAUUCGCUUUGACAAGCGUGCAGAAGCAGAGGAGGCUGUCAAAAACCUGAACGGUCAAAAGCCACCAGGCGCCUCGGAGCCAAUCACAGUGAAAUUUGCAGCCAACCCAAAUCAGGUGAAGAACACACAGCUCCUCUCUCAGCUCUACCACAACCAGUCCCGGCGCUUUGGAGGGCCCUUACACCACCAGGCACAGCGGUUUAGGUUUUCUCCCAUGGGUGUUGAUCACAUGGGCAGCAUGGGAGGCGUCAGUGUCCCUGGAAACUCCACCUCUGGCUGGUGCAUCUUCAUCUACAACCUGGGCCAGGAUGCAGACGAGAGCAUCCUGUGGCAGAUGUUCGGUCCCUUUGGUGCCGUCACGAAUGUCAAGGUGAUUCGAGACUUCAACACCAACAAGUGCAAGGGCUUCGGCUUCGUUACCAUGACAAACUACGAGGAAGCCGCCAUGGCCAUUGCCAGUCUGAAUGGCUACCGGCUCGGAGACAAGAUACUGCAAGUGUCCUUUAAGACCAGCAAGGGGCACAAGUAGAAUAAGCCGGACAAUCAGGUGUAGAGGAAGCGGGAAGUAACCUGUGCCAGGCUUUUAUUGCAGAAAUCUGAAAUAAGAGUUUUCAAAGUCAGGCACACCAAUUUCAGUUUCACCAUAUUCAGAGUUAAGUGACAUGUUCACUCUUCUGCACCUUUGUAAUUGUAAGUGUGUCUAGGGUUUUUUUUUUUUUUUUUUUUUUUCCAUUGUUGUAUUUGUUGGGGUUCAAGGACACUCCGUUUUAAUUUGGAGUGAAUGGAGAGGCCAAAAUCCCAAAUUUACCCCCGAGAUAACUUUUUUGAAAUUUAUCUCAAAAGUAAAAUCCUGUCUAUAUAUGUUGCAUGUAAAACUGUGGGAACUGGUUCUUAGCAGUGCACUAAAAAAAAAAAAUCAGAACAUUAUAAAAGCUCAAAGUGUCAGUGGUGAAUGAUUCAGUGUAAAGAUGAGGUUAAAACACCCCCCACCUUUUUUUUUUUUCUCUUCCUCUUUCUCUUUUAUAAGCCAGUUUUACUGCAGAAAAGCAGUGCACUGUCCUGGGUCCUUGUCACAAGUAGAAAUAGAUGCCUUAAACUAUCAUCCAGUGGACACAGACCUUUCAAUGCCACUCACUACUACAAGUCAGUUUAAGAGCAAAGCACUUUUAGCCAGUCAGCUUUAGGUUGCUAUGAAUAUCAGUCUUUGAUAGUAAUCUAUUACUUCUACUUACCCUCCAGCCAGGUUGGAGUUCUUAAAAGAAAUGGUGAGCUCUGGGAAGGAAAUGUUUGUUUGUUUGUUUGUUUUUUGCUGUCCCUAUGGAAAGUGUCUCUACUAUAAGUUGUUUGAUGCGAGUAGCAAAUGAACCCCAGUCGGUGAGUCACGAAUUACGAUGGACCAAAGGCAGGGAGCGAUACUAUCUGAUAACCUCGCAAGUUUUUCUAAGCAGUUGUUAACCAGAUAAAUAUGUUGGAGCCCACUGAUGCAGAAUUGUCAAUGGCCAAUGUUUUUUGUUCAUAAACUGCAGAUACUGAUAACAUCUGUGAUUGGGCUAAGAUUUACAGGUAUCAGCUGAGCUCUAUUUUUUUUUUUCCUCUUCCUUUUGAUGAGGUACGUAUUAUAUACAUAAUACUGAUUCUUACUGAGAGCAACACCUCUUUAGCUGUUUGCUGAUCUGUUUUUUUUUUCCUUUCAGUUUGACUUAAUUUUUUUCUUUUUGUUUUGAUUUAUUUUUCUUUGUAGAUUCAUACAGUUUUGUUACCGUAUUAAGUUACAAACUUGUUUUAACGAGUGCUUAUCUCGAAUGGCCUUUGUUAUGGAUUUCAGUUUAGAUUUAUUUUCUUCCUUUCUUUUGUUUUGGUUGUUUCCCUUUGAACAUAAACCAUUAAAUUUUAUUUUGUUUUGCUGCAAGUUUUGUUUGGUUUGUUUUUUUUUUAUUUACCUUUUUGAAUUUGGUUUGGAGUUUUGUUUUAGUUCUCUCAGUAGCAAACUUAUAGUGCCCCUAAAACUUUGCUCGUCAACCAUAAGCAGCCUAACAGCAAAAGCCACUCCAUUGGAAGCUUUACAGUUUUGAGAAAUGCUUAGUUUUGAGAUGUUAACUUGUGGACCAAUAUAGGUUGAGUCGAUGCUACUUCAACAGACAUUUGAAGGACAUUAGGCAUCUGUUCAACGUUUUCCACAAUCAUUUCUGAAAUGUGCCAGAAAAGUUAAACUGUGGAGGAGUAACAAACUGAAUCAGUAUGUUGGCACUGCUGAUACAGUUGUACUUCCUGCAGUUAAUCACUAGAAAUCUGGCUCUGGGAAUCUGCUUUUAAUACCUGGCUCUUCAUCUUGUGUUCAGACUAAAUUGUCCACUCCUCAGUGUAGGUAUCUUAAGUGAAACUAGUCAUUGUGUAACAUCUGUUUUUUGGUGUUUUUACACAAGUGUUAAAGAUUCAGGCUUUUAAAAACCAAACGCACUGCUUUGAUCUUUAUUAGAGAUUGCUUUAUAUUAUUUGGCUUUGUUAAUCUACUCGGUAAAACACUCAUCCAUUUACAAAAGAACUACGCCCAUGUUAAUGUGACACAUGUAGUGCAUUUCUUUGUCUAAGAUGGUGUUAGCAUUGGUGCUGUUAAUGCUCUGAUUCAAGCUCAGCAGAAACUGAACAGGGCAACACUUGGAGAUAGAUUUCUAAGAUACUUAGGUACAAAACUUGCUUGCUAUUUUUAGGAUUCACAUUUAAAACUUUGUUUCCCUCCCCAGCAAUAAUUCACCCAACACUUCAGUAAAUAGUUGAAAUUGUGUGGCCCAUUAUAAAGGAGCACUUACAUUACAAGCUUCAAAUUUUGGUCUUACUGUGCAUCUUGAUUUAAUAUCUCCGUUAUUUUUGUGUCACAAUCCUUAACUUUGUGCAAUAUUUCAUGACUUGCUCACAGCAGGUAAUAGACAUUUGUUAUAGUCAUGGACUGUCAUUUUGGUUUUUUAUAUAUAAUUUUCUAUUGAUGUUACUGUGUAGUUUUGUCGACAGUCUAGGUGGAAUUGCAUGAAAGGUGCAAGUGAGUUUAAGGGGCAGUCAAAAUAAACUGCAUUCCGCCUUAAUUUAUAAGAGGAAAUAGUGUAUUUUACAUCAGAGGAGGAGUGUUUAUUUAUUUGACAGUGUAUGUGGUCAUACUUGAUACUUAUUGCAGUGUUUUUAAUGGAUUGUUUUGUUUUCUUGGUUUUGAACACUUUUGACACUAAGCUGAAGUCCAUUAAAUGUCUUCUAACAUUUCAAUAAAAACAUGGUGGCUUUUAAAA